UGUAAACAUCCUGCCAAUUUUAAAAGGACAGCGCUGAGCGGGAGGAAGGCGACUGGCGCCAUCUUGACUGUUUUAAUGAGUACAACAGGGGAGAAUUCCCUUGGAGAAAUUACCUAAUUAUUGGGAUUUCAAUCUAAGAGGGCUACUGUCGGUAAACCAUACCACAGUUGGUGUGUGUGAACCAGGGGAGCCAGGGCAAUGUUCUACGCCCACUUUGUCCUCAGCAAACGUGGGCCGCUAGCCAAAAUCUGGCUGGCGGCCCAUUGGGACAAAAAGCUGACCAAGGCCCAUGUGUUCGAAUGCAACCUGGAGAGCAGUGUGGAGAGCAUCAUCUCACCCAAGGUGAAGAUGGCAUUACGUACAUCAGGCCACUUGCUCCUUGGAGUGGUGAGAAUCUACCACAGGAAGGCCAAAUAUCUGCUUGCUGACUGUAAUGAAGCUUUCAUCAAGAUCAAAAUGGCCUUCAGGCCAGGUGUGGUGGAUCUACCUGAGGAAAACAGAGAGGCGGCAUACAAUGCCAUCACCUUACCUGAGGAGUUCCAUGAUUUUGACCAGCCACUUCCUGAUCUGGAUGACAUUGAUGUCGCUCAGCAGUUUACCUUAAACCAGAGCAGAGUUGAAGAAAUCACCAUGAGGGAAGAUGUUGGCAACCUCAGCCUCCUGCAAGAAAAUGACUUUGCUGAUUUUGGUAUGGAUGACCGAGAGAUGAUGCGUGAUGACACCACAUUUGAGGAGGAUAUCAUGCAUGGCGCCACAGCUUCUAACCUCUUGCUUGAGGCUGAACCUGGUCCAGCUAAUCUCCCUGACAAAUCCAACCACAUGGAGUAUGAUGACUUUGGGGAUGGCUCCAUGGGCAACGCUGAUGGGGGAAUGCUGGUUGACAAGCUGCUGAGCUCUGAAGAUGGCGGUGGUAUCUUUGAUGAUCCUCCAGCUAUUCCAGAUAGUGUCAUGAUGCCUCCGGAUCAUGGCGAUGAUGAGGAUGACUUUGACAACCUCCAGUCACCGGGUCCAGACAGUCCAGACUCGGGUCCAGCAGAGCCACUGCCAGCAAUGGCUGACCAGACAGAACAGACCACCCUGGUUCACAAUGAAGAGGAGGCUUUCGCCCUGGAGCCCAUUGACAUCACAGUGAAAGAGACCAAGGCGAAGCGUAAAAGAAAGCUGAUUGUAGACAGUGUGAAGGAGUUGGACAGUAAGACCAUCAGGGCCCAGCUGUCUGACUACUCUGAUAUUGUGACCACCCUGGACCUGGCUCCUCCCACGAAGAAGCUCAUGAUGUGGAAAGAGACUGGAGGAGUGGAGAAGCUUUUCUCUCUGCCUGCUCAACCUCUGUGGAAUGCCAGGCUGCUCAAGAUGUUCACGCGCUGCCUGACGCCUCUGGUGCCAGAUGAACUGAGGAAGAGGAGAAAGGGUGGUGAAGCAGAUAGUCUGGAUGAGUUCCUCAAAGAAUUGGAGAACCCAGAGGUGCCUCGUGAGGAGGUCAUGAGUCAGCACAGAGAUGUUAUUGACCAGACUAUCAUGGAGGAGCCCAGUAUGCUGGCAGCCUCUACCAUGGAGGGGAGCAGGACAACUUUAGAUGAAACUGUCAUGCCUCCUCCAUCCACCCCCCGUGGUGUUAAACGCAAGAACCUUGACAAAGAAGGAACUCUUCCUAUGGCUCCCUUGGAGCAGCAGCAACUGGCUGACCGCUCAGACUUGUCACAGAGGUUAGACAUGCCUCAGGUGGAACUCCCCCCAGAGGAGAGCACUAUCAACCUCACUCAGCUUGUCCCAGAACUCGACCUUCUUGGGAAUAAGGAGAAAGAUAAGAAGGAUGAGAGUGAUGAAGAGGAGGAGGAGGGUCAGGGUGGAGACCAAGAUCAGGAGGAGAAGAGAUGGAACAAGAGAACCCAGCAGAUGCUGCAUGGCCUGCAGCGUGUCAUGGCUAAGACUGGUGCAGACUCAGUUAGCCUCCUCGACUUGUGCAGGAACAACAACAGGAAGCAGGCAGCAGCCAAGUUUUACAGUUUCCUGGUCCUCAAGAAACAGCAAGCCAUUGAGGUCACUCAGUCUGAGCCCUACAGCGACAUCAUCGCCACCGCCGGACCAAGAUUUCACCUCAUUUAGACAUUGGAAGAACAGACAAUGCUUGCAACAGGCAUAUUCUUUUUAACAUGCAACUCUGCCUUUUUAUUUUGUGUUUUCUUGUCAGUCCCACAUUUUAUUUCUUUGUUUUAUGUCCCUGGGGAAGGGGAGGGGAGGGCACAGUGGGGAAAGGGUUUGAAACUUUUAAACAGGAGGAUUUUACUGUACUUAAGAUGGAAUCAUGCAGUGUUCUUGGUUCAAAUGGAGUGAGGAAGAAUGUUUAACAAGUAUAUUUAUAAGCAAACUUUUUUUUUCACUCACUGAUUUGUAAACUUUGCUUCAUUUUGUUUUGUAAGUUCAUUUUCUCUCCUCUACUCUAAAUUUUGUAUUGUGCCCCUUCUUUGAACUAAAUUGUCCCAGAUUUUAGAUCAAGACCCUCAUUACCACAAAAAAGUCCUGUAUUGACUCUGUACAUGUUCUGGAAAGGUACUGUUUUUUUGUUUUUUUGUUUUUUUUUUUUCUCAAAAGUGUAACCUCUUCCAUUUUGUCCCUGUUGCACUUGUUCUUUGAUAAACAAAAAGGUUAAUUUGUCAAUAAAUUGUUAAAUCUCACCUGGCAUUAAAUAUCAAGUUUCAGAUGUAUGAUUCUGGCAGUUUAUCAGUUUUAUGUUUAAAAAAAAAAAAAAAAAUUUUUUUUUUUUGUUGUACCUUUUUCAUUCAUGCUUAUUUGCCUUUUUGCAUUGUGUAACUAGGUAAUGUUUUUGUUACAGCUAAGUUCAUUAUUCCAACUUUUUAGUCUUUGGGUAACUUCUAGUUGUGAUACUCUGUAAAGAUUUGAAAUAAAGUGUUUUAAGUACUUGGUUAAGUAA